AUGCCUGACACAAGCCUAGCCGAGUAUAGGAAGAAGCUACAUGCUCUCUUGCAUAACAAAGAUGCAGGUAAUGCCCCGAAGAAAUCGGUGAAUUUUCAUCCUCCUUCUCAUUGUCCCUCCUCUUUUUCAGCGUCUUCCUCUUCCAGUUCGAAAGAGAGAGUUCGGGUUGAUAAUCGCAUUGAGGAACUUGAGAAAUCAGUCGACAUGAAGAACAGAAAAAUAGUGGAAUUGGGGAAGGCCAACAUGGAGAAAGUCCAAAUAAUCAAGCAGUUAAACGAUAAAGUAAGGAAAUUGGAAAUAGAGAAUUCUAGAAAAGAUGCCCGCAUAAAACAGCUCGAGAAGGUUAUCUUGGACUUGCAGAACUUACAGACACAAGCAAUGGGCGAUUUAACCAAAAAAAUAGAAGAAGAACUUAGUGACAACAUUACAUUUCAUAGUGAUGUUGAAGAUAAACAUCAGUUUUCAAUCCACAAUUUGGAAAAUACUAAAGAAUCCACGCAAAAUUACACCGAUUUGCAUCUGAGUACACAACAGUUGCUCAAUCUUGAUUUGGGAGAUCUAGUAAUCAAUCCGCCAUCAUCUGUUCCAAAAGACUACAAUCUUCCCUAUGUUCAUUCAGACGAUAGUGACCUUGACCAAUACCUAUUUGAAGUCUAA